ACCAGUGCAAAUCAACGAUGCCGGAUUUUCAAAAUAUAUAAGACGCUUUUCGGCGCUCGUACCGAAUAGACCAUUUUCUGCGGUCAGAGGAAUCGUCGAAAGAUGGGAACAUUUGCCGGCAACUUGGCGCUGCUUUCGUUAGUGGCGGCGAUCGGCGUUAAUGCCAGCACUAUAGGUUUACGCAAUUUGAAGCUGAAUCCUGUUAACUCGGACGUUACGGACAGUGCUUCAAAAAAUCGAACUUCUCGACAGUUUGGCUCUUAUUGCCCGUACGCUAACAGUCAAUGUCAACAGAGGCCAAUCAUUUGCCCGUCGGGCAGUUUUUUGGAGAACGGCAACUGCGUUAUUCGUCAGACGUACUGUCCUGGAGGUUAUUCGCUGGUGGGGAAUAAUUGCGUUGGACAGACUGUGUGUCCUACCGGAUAUUUUCUUAGCAAUAAUAUGUGUCAUCGUAAUCCGGUGGUUGUUGAACCUCAACCACCUUCAUCACAGUGUAUACAGAAAACUAUACCAGCUACAUGUGAAGCUAGCUAUGUAUCUUCAAACGGUCAAUGCGUUAAACAGGACAUCCAAAUUCCUGAUAUGACGAAUAAGACAUCAUUGAUUACAGAGCCGGCUACAUGUCCAAACGGAUAUCUUAUCGACGGGCAAAAUUGCAUUUUAUACGAUCGAGAAUCCGCCAGAUGUGAAAGAGGUGAAAUGCGAUUGGGCGAGUGUGUAGUUCCUGGCGUUUGUCAACCUCCGUACGUCAUUGAUUCAUACGGCCGAUGUGAACGAUCGUUCCAACAGCCUGCGAGAUGUCCUGCCGGGUCAACGCUUUACGAUGGAGUUUGUCAGUAUCCAGCACCAACUUGUCCCCAAAACUACACUGUUGCUAAUAAGCAAUGCGUUUUGGAGCAGAUAGCAACAGUUCAGUGCAGUCCUGGAUCUAGAAUGGUGGAUAAUGUUUGUGUGGUAUCACAGCCGACCUGUCCAGCUGGUUUUGCGGUAAAAGAUGGACAAUGUCUUAAAAGUGAGUAUGACGAACCGCGGUGUCCUGCAGGCAGUUAUAUUAGAGGCAAUUUUUGUGUGACUGGAGAGGUUAGCUGCCCCCAUGGGUACGACUACAGGGAUGACCGCUGUGUUAAAGAGGACAAAGAGCCCGUGAGUUGUCCUUAUGGGUCCAGUAUGCGACGAGGUAUUUGCGUAGCAGAUCAACCGAUAUGCAGUACCGGUUUUACAUAUGAUGCACGUUUCGGAAAGUGUAUAAGAUACGAUAAGCAGCCGGCUACUUGUAAACAUGGAUUUACUCUAAGGGAUGGAGAAUGUGUAAGCGCGGUUCGUUGUGAUGGAGACUUCAAGCUUCAGGCUGGAGAAUGCAUUCGAGAGGACAGAGACGUUGAACGUUGCCCUCAAGGAAGCAAUUUGAUGGAUGGUUUGUGUGUCACUUCGAGGCCUUCAUGUGACCAUGGCUUCGAUUUGGAGAAAGGAGUUUGUGUUAGAAAACAUAAUGAAGCACCAAAAUGCCCCCAAGGCUCUCGUAUUUCUAAUGGAUAUUGCGUAGCUGAAAGUGCCGGAUGCAAGCCUGAAUUCAUGCGGGAUGGACAGUGCGUAGAGGAAACUUUCGAGCAGCCGAGAUGUCCUAUGGGUUAUACUUUUGUAAACGGUUUUUGUUUGGCCAAGCCGUAUUGUGAAGCUGGUUACGUAUUUGAGGAUGGAAUUUGCCGCAAACGUGAUUUCGGACCGGUAACUUGUCCAGCAGGAUCAUCGCUACAAGAGGGCGUUUGUGUGAGCUAUGAUUUUACUUGUAUACCAGGCUUCGAAAGGCGUGAUAGUAUGUGUGUCCGGAGGCAUACUUCAUCGCCCAUAUGCCCUUCCAAUGCAGAAUUCAGGGAUGGUAUAUGUUUAACCAAAACGACAGCUUCGUGUCCUUUCGGGGCGGCAUUAUCAGGUGGUAGUUGUAUCAUAACUGAAAGUAUUGCACCUAUUUGUCCACCGGGACUCAUGUAUCGUAAUGGAAUGUGUUACGGAAUAUCAUCAAUCGCACCAACACCAUGUAACAGCGGUUGUCAAAUGCAACAGCCGUGUUCUAGCGGUUGCCAAGUGCAACAACCUUGCGCUAGCAAUUUCCUGUGCAGCCUAACACAGUCUUGCGGAAGUUGCGGGCAAUCUGCGCCACAACAACAGCCACAAGUUGUACAAGCCACAUGUCCAUCUGGCUAUCAAUCCAUCAACAAUAUGUGUACACGCCAACAGACCAUUCCAAUGCAAUGUCAACCGCCAUACACCCGGCAGGGCAGUGAGUGCGUUCUAUUCGGAUCAACGGUUUGCGCAAAUGGUUUUACAAUGGAGAGUGGGCGUUGCGUACGUUUCGAACAAAUGCCUGCAAAUUGCCGUGAUGGAUUCUUCUUCCGGAAUAAUCGUUGCGUCUUUCUGAAUCCAGAUUGCGGCUCCGGCUAUCAUAACAUAAAUGGAACUUGCACUAAAGUACAUGAAAUUCGGCCUCAAUGCCCUUUACAUCAUAAAAUUUACAAAAAUUUUUGUGUUGCGCAGCCGGAAUGUACUCUAGGUGCAGAAUUACGUGACAACCAAUGUUAUAAAGCCAAGUACACUACUCCUCAGUGCCCAGUUGGUUUUAUGGCUCGUGAUAAUUAUUGUGUUGCAUCACUGCAAUGUGACCUUGACGCUCGUUUAGAGGGAAAUUUGUGCGUCAAGAGUGAGCAGCGUCCUGUUAGUUGCCCUACAGGAUCUAACCAAUAUGAAGACUACUGUACUGUUCCUGGACCAUUGUGUUCUGAUGGGUUCAGUCUACAAGCUGGUCGAUGCGUAAAAAUUCAAAGAAUUCCAGUUGUUUGUCCGCAUGGUAGCUCCCUAAAACGUGAUUCAUGUGUAAUGCCUGUAGAUUGUUAUCAUGAUUAUCAAAUGAUUUCCGGUCAGUGCACUAGGACGGAGCUAGUCCCGAAUCAAUGUCCUUCCGGAUUCUAUGUAGAUGAAAAUCGAUGCGUUUCCAAGAACCUGAACUGCCCCAACGGCUACCAAUUUGAGGAAGACCAAUGCGUACGAAAGCAAUUUGAAAUACUGAAGUGCCCGUAUGGCUCCACACUUCGUGAUGACCUUUGUGUAAGCGGCAAACCUUCAUGUACAUUAGGUUUCAAAUUGGAGAGUAACCGAUGUGUUAAACAUUCAUAUCAAACACCUCAAUGUCCACCUGAAACAGUUAUGGUUGAAAACCGGUGCGUCAGAAAUUUGGAAUGUCCGCAUGAGUACCGAUAUGUUGCUGGCCGCUGUGUCAAAUAUCUCUACGAAACGCCAAGAUGCAAAGUCGGCUCUCUAUAUAAUAACAAAUGUAUUGCUUCUGGUCCUGAAUGCCCAUCUGAACACGAUUAUAUGGGAGGAAAUUGCAUCAAGAAGGAAUACGUGAGCUUAUCUUGUCCUUCUGGGUCAAAACAGAAAGAAAAAUACUGUGUUGUAGGUAAUCCUACUUGCCGAGAUGGGUUCGAUUACAGCUCUUCUAUGUGUGUCAGAGUGUCUUCAAUUCGAGCUAAUUGUCCUUCUAAGUAUACUUACAAAGACGGCAUGUGUGUUUCCGAGGUACAUCAGUCCGAUUAUGUAUGCAAAGAAGGAUACGUUCUCAAUGGUCAUCAAUGUGUACGAACAAUGUACGCCAGUCCUACAUGCCCUACUGGUUUCUUGUUGCAGGGGACAAACUGUCUAGAAAUCUCUUGCACACCCGUUGCCGCAGCAUAUAAUAAUGGAGGACUAUCUUCUAACGUAGAAUAUAAGAGUACCAUCGGAAUAAUGCAACAAUUAUAUCCAACAAUAGGAGUUGCUAGCGUUACGACUCCCCAACAGCACUUCGAUGUGAAUUUCGACCAAACUAUACACACAUCCUCAGUUACAGUAAGCCAGCCUACGUAUACUUCAUCUUCCAGCAUUCCCAGGGAAUUUGCUGAAUUCUUUGAACAAAUGCCCGAUCGCUCGGAGGUGUUUGGCUCUCAUUCGACUUACCCAUCGGGAAAUUGGCAAACAGGAGUCGUACCCGUUAGCUCUACUAACUCUAGCACAUUAGAAAUGCCCGAAAUAACAGUACAUAACCCUGAGGAUGUAACAAUUCCCACAUUAGAGCAUAUUGCCAGCUGUACGGUAUACUCGCCCAAGAUUUGUACCAAAGAGGAUGAAUGGGAAUGUAAACAUUUGGAAUUUGAAAACAUCAGGAGUCGGUAUUGCGUGGAGAAUGGCGGAAGUAUCUAUUUGAAGCUUGAAGAAACCAGCUAUGACGAAAACUCCGAGGUGUUGAUAAUGGCUGCUCCGUCUGAAUCUCAAUUUGGACCUGACGAUGAUUACGAGGAUGAUGACUACGGCGAUUCUUUGGAUUGUUCGGGCUGUACUGGUGGAGAAUACACCUGUUCUAGAAAAUGCUUUGAAUACGAUUGUGGGGAUGUUAAAUGUAAGUACAUCAGCAUCAAGGAUUUCUGCAGUGACGAUGGGCCAACGCCGGAGCAUGGCUGCUCCUACCAUGAAGGGUGCCGAGGAGACUUUUGCACUAUGUAAAUAGAAUGAAACAGUAUAAUGUUUAUUUAUCGUUGUUUGAAAAAAAGCAUAACUGCCAUUUUUACUUGAUAAAGUAAAUAAAGUUAAGUUAAUUUCUAAUAAUAACAACUGAUAAAUAACUUACAUUAA